GCACCACGCCUGUCUGCUCUCUGGUUACAGUAUGGCGGCCGGGACUUGCGGCGGAGGAGGAGGUGAACUUCUUGCAGAUUCCUCCCGGAAAACCGUCGGAAGGCGACGGCUAUAAAUGUGGAAGACCCGCUGCGGGGGAGAGAAAAAAAACAACCCAAAACACCGCGACGACGACAGCGCAACUUGCGGCUUGUACCACGCUUCUUCCUCCUCCGUCUCUCCGCUGGAUGAUAAUCGGGGCUGGUGUGUGAUGCGUGAGCGAGCCGCACUCAAGAAACUCCCCCGAUUGCUCCGCGUCGGUUCCUGCCCUGACUGUCAGUUAGCCGGCUAGCUGCUCGGUAACUCGCCGCCUCCUUCCCCGCUUCAUGCUAACGGUCGCUCGCAGGGCUCCGCAGUAGCCCGAAACGACGGGGGCCGGCUCGCUUGUUCCACUCGCCCCCGGGCGGACAGGGAUGGCAUUUCGCCCCCACUCGCUACGCGGACCGGUCGAGAAGGGCGGGGAGAAAACAACCGAGGACCCGGGUGAUAAGUUUGUCAGCACUCAUUAGCCUAGCCUAGCCUAGCCUAGCCUAGCUUGCUGGUGCGACGCCAGAAAACGUUGGCGGACAGCUCGCGCUGCGCCUGUCCACUUGCGGAGCUAGCCAAUUAGCAUUCGAGUUUGCGCCGGGAGACCUGCUAAUCCCCCGGUUCAUCCCAGCGGAGUGUUUCUGAAGAAGCCCCCCCACCACCACCCUCCUCUGCGCCGGCUAAGAGAGCAGGAGGCUGAGCUGAGCUGAGCUGGUUGUAGUUGGCGAACAGUGUUGUUGCCCGUCAACGUUAUUAUAACAACAACAACAACAACAUCAACUCAUGGUUGUUGUUUUUCCGGCUCUCCGUCUUGCUAGGUGUGCGCUAGCGGUCGUCAGAGGUGUUCCCACGGAAGGGGAGUGGUGACGUGAGGUAGCCGCUAAGCUAAAGGUUCCAUGUGUCAGGGGCGACGGGGCCACUCCGGACGAUGACGGGCUGCGAAAGACGGAACUCUCCACAGAUGACACUUUACUGAACAGCCGGGACGUGUGUGCGAGCCGAUCGGCCCAUUGGGGAGUGAGUGAGUGAGUGUGUGUGAGUGAGAGAGUGUGUGUGUGUGUGUGUGUGUGUGGGCGCCUGUUAGCCUGCGAGACGAGACGCAACACGGCGAGAAAGCGCGCAAUAAUCGGUGUCAAGGUGUCGUUGCUUGCGCUGAUUGGGGCCUAUAAUCGAUAGUCACUCUGAUUGGAGGAAGUGAAGAUCAAGCGUGUGUCUGUGUGUGUGUGUGUGUGUGUGUGCUUCCCUUCUCCCUCUUCCGUGCUGUUGGAGUUUGAUGGACGUGGGAGGCUGUUUGCCAGACUGCCAGUGCUGCCCUCCGUCAUGCAUGUCUUGACACAUGGCACCCUGCUCUGUACAUAGUGCCUGCCGCCACAUAUAAGUUCGUUAUGUAGCUUUGGGUGGACACACAAGUCAGCGGGGAAAAAGGGAAUGUCAUGUCUUCUUUGUACCCCGUCGCCAGGUUUGGUUAUUUCUUUUUUUUUUCGUGUCUCUCAGACACGCACACGCACACACAGGAGAUUCUCGUUGGAGCAGUGCAGCCCCGGGCCGCGCACAGUGGACCAUGUUUGUUAGUCGGUGCCUAGGAGCGUAAAAGAGGAAAGAAAGACUUAAGGAAUUCUGCCCGCCAACACACGGGCGCGCAGAUAUUGUACACUGAUUCACGUUGGGGGGGAUUGCGACACACAGCCCGCCACUCUGGAUCAAGAAGACGUCACCCUCGUGUCCGGUUGGAGUAACACUCUCAAGCCCAAGUCAAUGCCGUCGGCGCUGGCCGUGUUCACCUGCCGGCCCAACUCGCAUCCGUUCCAGGAGCGGCAUGUGUACCUGGAGGAGCCCGUCAAGAUCGGCCGGUCGGUGGCUCGGUGUCGCCCGGCCCAGAACAACGCCACCUUCGACUGCAAGGUGCUGUCCAGGAAUCAUGCCCUCGUCUGGUUCGACCACAAGACCGGCAAGUUCUACCUGCAGGACACGAAAAGCAGCAAUGGCACAUUCAUCAACAGCCAGAGGUUGAGCCGCGGCUCGGAGGAGAGUCCGCCCUGCGAGGUGCUCUCCGGGGACAUCAUUCAGUUCGGUGUCGACGUCACUGAGAACACACGCAAAGUCACCCAUGGCUGCAUUGUGUCAACAAUCAAACUCUUCUUACCUGAUGGGACGGAGGCACGCCGGCGAAGCGAUGUCAUCCAGGCUCCUUUACCACUACCUGUAGACAAGGUUGCAGCCAACACUCCCAGUAUGUAUUCUCAGGAACUGUUCCAGCUCUCCCAGUAUCUGCAGGAGGCCUUACACAGAGAGCAGAUGUUGGAGCAGAAGCUAGCCACUCUGCAGCGUCUGCUAGCCACAACUCAGGAGGCCUCGGAGAGCAGCUGGCAGGCACUGAUUGAUGAAGACCGUCUGCUCUCCAGACUGGAAGUGAUGGGCAGUCAGCUACAGGCCUACUCAAAGUCCCAGACGGAGGAAGGCAUCCGGAAGGAGCUCUUGGCUCUUCAGGAGGACAAACACAACUACGAGACGACGGCAAAGGAGUCUCUGAGGAGAGUCCUGCAGGAGAAGAUCGAGGUGGUCAGGAAGCUGUCGGAGGUGGAGCGCUCGCUCAGCAACACGGAGGACGAGUGCACCCACCUGAAGGAAAUGUCCGAGAGGGGCCAGGAGGAGCUGAGGGAGCUCGCUAACAAGUACAACGCCGCCGUCAACGAGAUCAGAGAGCUCACAGACAAAAUCAAGGCGGCGGAGGGCCGCCAGGAGGAGCUGACCCAGCGGGGAGCGACGGAGAAGAGGGAGUUGGAGCUACGGAUCGAGGAGAUGGAGGAGAAGGAGCAGGUGCUCCAGGCUCGUAUCGAAGCUCUGCAGGCCGACAACGACUUCAGCAACGAGAGGCUCGCCGCUCUGCAGGUGCGGUUAGAACAGCUACAGGAGAAAAGCAUUAAAGAGAACAACAGCCUGGAUGUGGACAUUGUCACUGCCCACGGACCAGUAGAGGAGCCUGUGGAGGACAAACAGAGCCGGCACACACCUGAGAGCCAGGAGGAAGACGAGGAGGAGGAUGAGGAUACAGACACCGAUGAUGGUGGUGCAGUUGGUGAAGACGAAGAUGUCGAUGACAACUGUCACGUUAACAACAGCGGAGGAGACUCGACUAGAAUCCAACAGUUGAUUGAGUGUCCGUCAGUCAAACAGCUGAAGGAGACUGUUAGUUCUUCCAUCCACAAACUGGCCAACUUUGACGAAGUGUUGGACGCCCACCUACAGAACAACCAGACGGCAGAAGACGACAUCCUCGCCAGUCCUGAUCGACUCAAAGAGAAUCCGAUGGAUGCCAAAGAGUCAGACAUGUCAGACACGCUGAGUCCAAGCAAAGAUCGCAGCAGCGACGACACGUCAGACGGCAACAUGGACGAGCAGGAUCUGAAUGAACCACUGAACAGAGUAGCUCUGCUCAAAGCUGAGUUGCAUCGGGCCGGUCUAGAGCCUGGAGACACGGAGCAGGUCAUCCACUAUCUCCACAGAGAGCUGCUGGAGGCCCAGGAAUUAGCCAACACCGGAAAGCAGAGAUGUCAGGAGCUGCAAGCUCUGCUGGAGGAGGAGCGGAGGAGUAACUCUCAGCUGACUGAGGAGUCGACCAAACAGAUCCAGUACCUGCAGACUCAGCUCGGGAAGCUGCAGGCCGACAUGGAGGCGUUGAGGGAGCAGAGGGAGAGCACCAUCUGCAGCACCAGAGAGGAGCUGUACUGCGCCCAGGAGGAGAUUCUCGUCCUGCGGCACGCCAUGGAGGCGGCCACGGCGGAGCGGGAGCGCGAGAUCGCCGCCCUGCAGGCCGACCUGGGCGUCGUGCGCACCGAGCUGGAGCACUGGAGGAACACGGCCAGCGAGUACGAGGAGGAGAUCGGCCGACUGCAGGAGGCCUUCGCUCUGCAGCAGCAGCAGCAGAACACCGCCAACCAGCUACAGGUGGAGUGUGUUGCGUUGCAGCAGCAGUGUGUGUGUUUGCAGCAGGACUGUGACGGCCUGAGGACGGAACGGAAAACCCUGACGGACAAACUGCGCCAUCUGGAGACUGAGCUGAGCAGCACCAGGGAGCAGAGCCAGGUCCUCAGCAGCAGUCUGGAGUCUCUGGAGAAGAGGGAGGAGGUUCUGCAGGACAAACUGGGUUCUCUGGAGAACCAGCACCUGCAGGACGCAGGCAGGCUGAAGAGCCAGCUGGACCAGGCCCAGGCCCGCACACACACGCUGCAGAGAGAGUAUGAAGACACACAGUCGCAGCUGUCGGACCUCCGUCAGCGCUACGAGCGAACGGAGCAGGAGAAGCUGAACAUCCACCAGGAGCUGGAGCAGUGCAGGAGCAGCCUGAAGCUGCUGCAGGACAAGACCAGCUCCCCAUCCAUAUUGCAGCCUGUCCAAGCCAUAUUCAUGGGCCUUUUCCUGGCUCUGCUCUACUGGUGUUUCGGCCAGUUGUGGUAGAAAGAGCGGCUGGAGCCCCUGGAUGCCGGUCAUCGCAGUGAUGGUCGCCGUGACGGCAGCCGUCCUCUACCCCAACCUCUCCAAGAGCAGCUCCACCUAGGACACACACACACACACACACGCGCGCGCUCGGAGCGCUGUGAGGGGAGCAUCACUGCUUUACUUGUAUAAAGUCUAAUUGUACAUAAUUGUAGAGGGAAUAUAAAGGUUGUGGUUUCUACGGAAGAUUCCGAUUUUUUUUUUCCGAGAGGGUUCUUUUUGUUUUUAGUUUUUUCUGCGAGCGGGAGUUUUGUUGUUGUUUUUAAUUCUCCGCUGUGGUGGGGGCUUUUUGUUCUGUUUUAGUUUUUGGGGAUUUUCGUCUCUCUGCUGAUUUCUAAGGUAACUAAUCGUUCUCCAGCGAGGCCCGAGCUUCCACACGGAAACAGCCAGCCAGAGGUGUGUGUGCGUGUGUAAACGCAAAAACACUUUCCAGCAGUCGAGGGAACGUGAUCCACGCUCGCCGCUGAAAAACUCACAGGUCGGCAUCAGCUGGGAGGAGCGAGUGUAUAACGAUGUGAAUCAGCACAUCUCUUGAUUUUGAGCCACUUUUUGAACCUGAUAUUCGGAUUGUUACUAGUUUUACCAUCUUAAAUAGUCCAGUGGAUAUUACGACAUAUGAUGAUUAUGACCGCAUGUGUGUGACGAUCAACUGACAGACUAAAGGCAGGAAGUGAUUAUCGCCUUCACCUUCUUGUUCCAAAUCCACACUGGUCGGAAAAAUAGGGAGAAAAACAAUUUCUGUAAAUAUCUUUAUCGUCCGCUUUAGACUCGACAAACAACUUUGUUUUCAGAUCUUUCUUGUUUCCUUUUGACCGUCAGUGAAAAAACACAGGUUUAAUUUUUACUGUUACACGUUAGAACAGCCGCAGAUCUGUUCACAGAAGAAGUGGUUUUCUUUUUUUCCUGAAAUUGGCUUCAAACGUGACAAAAUUCAUACACGAACUAUGUCUUGAUUUAAACCAAAUAAAUAAAUGUCACUUAUAAAUCUGCAUCAAUGCUAAAUAAUCUGUUUAAUGAUAUAAUAAUCUGCAGGAGCUGUGAUGUUGCCACCUCCCUCGUGAACCCGAGGCUGCUGGAAAGUGUUUGCGUCGAAAGUCCGGCUCUGUUCUGGUUCACGUCGGCCAUGUUGGAUCUAAUGUGUCUAACGUGGCGGGGGUUUUCUCUCUUUUUUGUUUUUUUUGUUUCUUGGGGGCGGGUGGAGUUUAUCUGUGGUCGAGGUUGAAACUUGAAGCCAAAUUAUUAAAAUUCUAAACACAA